CUAAAAUAAAUUUAUGUUACAUAACCGUGCCAUCUAUUCGAACUAUUCAUCAAUUAUAAUUAAUUAUCUAUUUUAUUCCAUUAUUUUUUUUCGGACUAUUUAUUUUUUAGUCCAAAUCCGAAUCUAUUUACUGUGAUGAAGAGUCGCGGGUUCGAAUCCUGCUGGGGAGCAAAAUUAGUGACAAGUACAAAUGCGCAUACUCGAUUCCAAAAUGUUUAAUAUUUUACCUGUGCUUAUUUUAUCGUUGUCCUAGUUUUACUAAUCAUUCGAUCAGUUUUUGUGAGUUCACUGUCGCAAGAUAUUAUUACCAAACAAUUUAUGUUUUUAUUCAAUCAUUUUACUAUGUACUACUCAUAUAUUUUAUUCUAUUAGGUCUUUGGCACAAGAUUUAUUCCUGUCAGAAGACGAGUGCGAGACGGUGCAGCCUAAGCUCUCGAAAUCCUCGAAGAAGCAUUCGAGAUGUGACCCUUCGACAAGUAAGAAGACAGGUGAGCCGUUCACUACCACUGCGCCUAAGAAAAGGAAAACCGUCAUCAACCCAAUCACCCCCGUCAUGAAGGCGGCGACGGCUGAGCUUUUCGGCAGCGAGAGUGAUGAAGAAGAAGGGUGCUCGACAGGUUCAACAAAGGCGACAUCCUGUGUAGCCAAUGCGGUCAAGUGUGACAUGUGCAACAUCGAAAUUCCUCAAAAGAAAUAUCAUUAUCAUAUGAGAACGAAUGUACACAAAGAGAAUUGUUUAUUAAAAACUGAAUUCAAAAAUAUUGACAUUAUUAAGACUGCAUUUAAGAACAGAAUUGUGACUUACCGCAUAAAUCCUGCACAGGAAGUCGAGUACCUCACACCCGAGGCGUUCCUGUACAGUUAUAAAAAUGAUGUUUCGAAUGUUAUCCAUUUAUCAAUACUGAAACACACAUGUCUGAAGUUAAAUUUUGAACUGUUUGCUUAUUUUGAGUUACCACGGUCAAGUACGCAACAGUUAAAAUCUUUUAAUACAAAGUUUGAUUGCGUUUUUUAA